GAGGAUCGAGGGGCGGAAAGCUCUGCGGGAAGAGGCGCCCGACAACCCCACGGCGCCAGCAGCGCCCGGCGCGGUGGAAGUAGCCGUGGCGGUAACGGCAGCGCCGCGCGGCGGCCGGGGGCAGGACCUCCGUGAUCGAGCACGUUAAUAAAAGCGGGCGGGCUAUUUACGACCGGGGAGGAAGGCGGCCGGGGGUGUUUUUUUCCACGCUUGGUUCACCACUUUAUCCUGUGAGGAGGAGGAAGAGGAGGAGGCGGCCGCCGCCGCCGCCGGGGAAGGGGGAGGCAGAGGCGCCCGCGGAAAGCCGCCCGGCGGGUGUGGAGGAGCAGCGAGCGCGGCCCGCGGGAGUCGCGACCCCAGACGCGGUUUCCCGGCUGGCCGCGGCCGCACUUGCUCCCCCAACAGGCAAAACUUUCUACACGCGCGGGCGGGCGCGCGCGCAGGCACACACACACACACACACACACACGCACGCACAGACGGGGCUGCCUCCGCACACUCGCACCACACACGCUCGCGCACACACACACACACACUGACGUCUUUUGCGCAUUUCCUGCACUGGAGCGAGCGGCGGAGCGGCACCGGCAGGCGGGCGGGGGCUGCGCGCAGCGCGGCGCGGCACGGCGCGGAGGGAGGCGGCCGGCGGCGGCCGGGAGGCGGGAGGCGGGCGGGGGGGGCGGCCGGCGGGAGGCGGGAGGCGGCGGCGGCUCUGCCCAUCGCCAGGGCGGCGGCCGCCCAGCCGGAGCCCGCCGAGACCCGCGCGGCCCGCUCCGCUGCCGUCGCCCCCCCAUGCGCGGGGGUCGCUCCGCUGGGUCCUUGGCCUUGGCGGCGGCGGAGGGGGAGGAGGCGGCACAGGACGGGCGGCUCCGGGCUCCGGCGCGGAUGGAAGGUCCCCGGGUGGAUGUUUGCUGAGCGGAGGCUGUGCAGUAGGCAGGGCUGGUGGGUCGGCCGGUGUUUCUGAUUUGUGUCUGUGUGUCUGUGUGCGUGUGUGUGUAUUGUUGUGCGGCGCACGGGCAGGACUGGCGUGUGCAGGAGCCUGGGAUCGCGGCUCUGCCUCCUCUGCGAAGGCUGAUCCGGGAUUAUGGUCUAGGUGAAGGGAGAAGGCGCUUGCUCACCCCAAGGAUUGAUUAUGCUCGGGUUUUGAUUGCAUUCGGGGGUUUCUGCAGCCGCGGACGCCUCCCCCUCCCCGGCGGCCCCCCUCCCUUGUUUUCCGUUAGAAACACGGGCAAGAAAAUAAAUAUAUUCACUGGGUGUCGCAAGAGCAAAGGCUAAAUAAUCAAAGGUAACAGCAGCAGCAGCAAGGCGAAGAGACCCGCACUGUAUCCUGCUCCCCCACUCCCAGACCUGCCCUCCUAUUUAUUGGCAAGACCUUCCUCCCUCCCUCUCGGUGCGAGUGCGUUGUGUGAGUGUUUAAUCCCGGGAAAAGUGCAGCCAUCCAGCCAUGGUGGUUUUCAAUGGCUUGCUGAAAAUCAAGAUCUGCGAGGCGGUGAAUCUGAAACCCACGGCGUGGUCUCUGAGGCAUGCGGUGGGUCCCAGGCCACAGACCUUUUUGCUGGACCCUUACAUAGCCCUCAAUGUGGACGACUCCAGGAUCGGGCAGACCUCAACCAAGCAAAAGACCAACAGUCCUGCUUGGAACGAUGAAUUUGUCACCGACGUUUGUAAUGGCAGGAAGAUAGAGAUGGCUGUUUUCCAUGAUGCCCCCAUCGGGUACGACGAUUUUGUAGCUAACUGCACUAUACAGUUUGAGGACUUGCUGCAGAACGGGAGCCGCCACUUCGAGGACUGGAUUGACUUGGAGCCAGAAGGGAGAGUGUAUGUCAUCAUAGACCUUUCAGGAUCAUCAGGUGAAGCACCCAAAGACAAUGAAGAACGUGUGUUCCGGGAACGUAUGCGCCCCAGAAAGCGGCAGGGUGCUGUGCGACGCAGAGUACAUCAGGUUAAUGGACACAAGUUUAUGGCCACUUAUCUUAGACAACCAACAUAUUGUUCGCACUGCAGAGAUUUUAUAUGGGGUGUAAUAGGAAAACAGGGAUACCAAUGUCAAGUUUGCACUUGUGUAGUCCACAAGAGAUGCCAUGAACUUAUAAUAACGAAGUGUGCUGGCUUAAAAAAACAGGAAACUCACGAUGAGCAAGUGGGAUCCCAGCGCUUCAGUGUCAACAUGCCUCACAAGUUCAGCAUUCACAAUUACAAAGUGCCCACCUUCUGUGACCACUGUGGUUCAUUGCUCUGGGGUCUUUUGAGACAAGGUUUACAAUGCAAAGUUUGCAAGAUGAAUGUACAUCGACGCUGUGAAACAAAUGUGGCACCAAACUGUGGAGUGGAUGCUAGAGGCAUAGCUAAAGUUCUUGCAGAUCUUGGAGUCACUCCAGAUAAGAUCACUAAUAGCGGGCAGAGGAGGAAAAAGCUAAUUGCAGGUGCAGAGACUCAACAACCAGUUCCUGGAAGUGCAUCAUCAGAAGAAGAUAGGUCAAAGUCAGCACCAACUUCUCCAUGUGAUCAAGAAAUCAAAGAGCUGGAAAACAACAUUAGGAAAGCGUUAUCAUUUGACAAUCGGGGAGAGGAACACAGAGCAACAGCUACAACAUCAACAGACAACCAGCUUAACAAGCCUGGAGAGAAUGGUGAAAAUGGGGAGGUCAAACAGGCCCAGACCAAGAGAAUAGGCCUUGAAGAGUUCAACUUCAUCAAAGUAUUAGGGAAAGGCAGCUUUGGCAAGGUAAUGUUAGCUGAGCUAAAGGGAAAAGAUGAAGUAUACGCAGUGAAAGUCUUGAAGAAAGAUGUCAUACUUCAAGAUGAUGACGUGGACUGUACAAUGACAGAAAAGAGAAUUCUGGCAUUAGCACGGAAACAUCCAUACCUAACACAACUUUAUUGCUGCUUCCAGACAAAGGACCGCCUCUUUUUCGUCAUGGAAUAUGUAAAUGGAGGAGACCUAAUGUUUCAAAUCCAGCGCUCACGCAAAUUUGACGAACCUCGAUCCCGCUUUUAUGCAGCAGAGGUCACAUCAGCACUCAUGUUUCUUCACCAACAUGGCGUCAUCUACAGGGACCUGAAACUGGACAAUAUUCUUCUGGAUGCAGAAGGCCACUGUAAACUGGCUGAUUUUGGGAUGUGCAAAGAAGGGAUUCUGAAUGGAGUGACCACCACAACCUUUUGUGGCACACCUGACUAUAUAGCUCCGGAGAUCCUCCAGGAGUUAGAAUACGGCCCGUCAGUAGACUGGUGGGCUCUGGGUGUUCUCAUGUACGAAAUGAUGGCCGGGCAACCCCCCUUUGAAGCUGACAAUGAAGAUGAUCUCUUUGAAUCCAUCCUUCACGAUGAUGUCUUGUAUCCAGUCUGGCUCAGUAAAGAAGCUGUCAGCAUUUUAAAAGCAUUCAUGACAAAAAACCCGAAUAAGCGACUUGGCUGUGUGGCAUCACAAAACGGGGAAGACGCGAUUAAGCAGCAUCCGUUUUUCAAGGAAAUUGACUGGGUUCUUCUAGAACAAAGGAAAAUCAAGCCACCCUUCAAACCUCGGAUUAAAACCAAAAGGGAUGUAAAUAACUUUGAUCAAGACUUUACACGAGAAGAACCAGUAUUAACGCUAGUGGAUGAGACAAUUAUAAAACAAAUCAAUCAAGAAGAAUUUAAAGGGUUCUCUUAUUUUGGAGAAGAGCUACUCCCAUAGGCAACGUUAGGCUGACAGAUGAGUGAUGCUGCAAGAAGUGAUUCUGAAGAGAUCGUCAAAUUACUGAGACUCAGUAGAUCAAGAACUACUUCUCUUACCCUGAGCCCAUAUCCCCAAUUAAAGUAUAUAUUUAUUGUUUUUUCCUUUAAUCUUCUGACCUGAAAGCACUCUUAAUUUCUGUCUCACAAAGCAAUGCAAAAUAAUUUUGUAUCAGAAAUUGUAGAUGUAACACACUGCCGUAUAUUUGCAACUUUUCUUUUAUUCCUAAGAUCUCCCCAGAGGACGAAAUUGCAUCUUUUUCUGUGGAAAAUGAAGCCGUGCUAUUAAAAGCGAUUUAACAGAUCACGUUCUGUAAUUGUCAUAUGUAUUCAAGCUAAGAAGGUAGCGAACUGUUUCUUCUGCACUGGUAGUUUUGGUGAGAUCUGUACUCAGAGGUGGAACAAAUAAGUAAUACGCUGCCCUUUGGUAAGCAAAGAAGUCUGCCUUCAUGGAGGUGUAAUCCUGAGUUAUGAAUUGAUUGUAGUGAGGUACAAACCUAAAGCUAUCCAGAAAAAGAAGCACAUCAAUUAAGGCUUUCAAUGAAGUUCCUCGUACAAUUUAUUGAAAACUCUUAGGAAUAAGAAGAGUCACAAAGGUAACUGAAAUUUUAUUUAAAGCAAGAGGUAGAUACUAUAUGGAUAGUUAUUAAAGGGCUAAAGAAUAAAAAGCCUAUAGUACUUUAACACAGCUAUAUAUAGGCAUUUUACAGUUUUUCAGGCAAUUAGGUGUACUAUCCCUGUUACCAAAUUUAAUACCCAUUUAAAUGAACCAUUAAUGUGAUGGCAAGUUUGCAAAUGUUUACAGUUAAUUUUAGACAAAAAAUUAAUUAUAAACAUUAUACAUUUGCCUUUUCCAUUGUAGCUAAGUUGAUAAUUUCUUAUUUAUAUUUAUUUUCUCAGCAGUGUGUUACUUUUGCACACUUUUACAAAACCAUAAUACUACUGUGUUUGUUGUUUUUUUAUGUUUAAAAUAUAAAGAGAAAUCUGCUUUUAGAAGACACAAAAUAAGGCUACACGUGUGUUAUGUGGAAGUGAGUUAAAAAACUGAAGAUCAAACAUUCACAAACUGACAUAAUUGGAAGUUGUAAAUUGAAUUUUUUUGUGUAUGAAUUGAAAUGGUAACUCAUGUGGACAAUAUUACUAAUGUGAAGUUACCUCCUGUAGAUACGCUAACAGUGUUAUGUACUUAUAUUUCCAGGAGUACCCUGUGGUUUGGUUUUGGUUUGGUUUGUUGUUUUUUUUUUAAUGUGUACAUGUAUCGCUGAGGUCAUUUUAUUAUAUAUUUUACUGGACUGAGUGAGCGGUCUUUGGAAUCCAUUUUAAUUGUUGCACAUGGAUUUCCAGCUGCACAAAAAUAUAUAUACUUGUGAUUGGCAAAGUGGCACUAAAGAAGCUUUUUUGCCUUUUGUACAGGUGAGAUUUUGUAUAUAGUGUUUGCUGCAAGGCCUGUGGAAUUCAUUGAAUAUAGAGGUAUCAACUGCUGCAUGUUCAGGCAUACUAUUAAAAUGUUAGUCUAUGAAAGAAUAAUUAUAAUAAUGUCCAUGUGCAAUACUCUUGUAUGUGUAUUGGUUCAAGUUACUGUCAGAGAGAUGAGGUUUUUGUUAUAAAAGAUGUAGACAUAUAUUAAGCUAUACUAAAUCUCUUGUAUAGUUCUCUUCAACUCUAUUAUGACAUGAUAGAGCUCAGAAAGAGAAAGGAAUGUUACAAAUCGUGGUGGACAAAGUGUGAAUCAUUGGCUUUAAGAGAUAAUCUCGGUCUCAAGCAGAUGAGUUAGUUUGUGUCAGUUUUGCGUCUGGCUGCUCAUAGCCUGUUACUGAUGACAACGUUCAGUUCCAUUUUGUUUUGUUUUUAAAACUCAGGUGUAAUUAUUAUAUAUAUUCUUAUGAUGAUUUCAAAAUAUUAAAUAUUAUGAUAUAUCAAUUAAUGUGUUGUCUGGCCUACAGGUGUAAUAAUGGAUCAAGCCUUUAGUUUAAUUUAAUUUAUCUUCAGUAAUCUUUUGUACUGGGAAAAGACUAGCUUCUGGAGCUGAGUACCAGCACAGAAACAUCUUAAUGAUUGCAUCAUCUCAAUGUUUAAAUUUCUUUCUCUUUUAGAAAUAUAUUGUAGAACUGCCCAUCGAUUUGUGUCUCGCCACUGGCUCUGUUUAUUUCUCAUCAUGGUUAGCUUUUGACAUCCAGGCAAGAACUGAUCACAAUGCUAAAGCGUUCUUUUCCAUAGGUGAGUAGACUGGCUAGGAAGACAAGUUAUCGGAUAGCGCACUACUGUUUGUACAACAAGAGGCCUUUACACAAAACUCUGAGCAUUUAUUUUGAAGGAAUAAAAGCGUCCCAUAAAGCUUUUCUAAGCAAGCUCUGUAGUCGUAUUCCCGUUUCUAACGUGAAGAUAAUUAGCAAGCGUUUGUCUUUCAAGAGGCCUCAGCACCUGCAACAUAUGGCAGGAUGCUAAGAGAAAAGUGAAGGAGAUAAAAACUUUUGCAUGGGCAGAUAUUUCUUCAAUAUAAAUAGUUAGAUCCUCUGCAUUGGGUUUACAUCAGAAGGUUUGUCUGUUACCUUGAACAUUUUUUAAUGAUAAUUCUUAAAAAUGGACAUUCUGUUACAUUUCUGCCUGUUCUGUAAAAUCUUUCCUGUUCCUUCCUUGUAAAAUGAGUGCAAAAUGCCAAAAAGAUUAUUAAUAAUAAUAAUAAUUAUAAAGAAUCCAUUGUUUCUUGUUUUUCCUCCCAAAUAGACUUUAUUAAAAAAUGAAAACACAGUUUUCUCCAGAGGGUGAAAAUAAUUCUCCCCAAAAAAGGCUUACAAAUUACCUCUUUUUAAAUUAUGUGCAGAAUAGUUCUGGCUAAAUAUAAAAUGUAUUCAGUUGGGGGGGUAGGGUUUUUUUUAUUGUGAGGAUUUAUUUGUACAGAAUUUUUUUCUUAUGGAUGUAAUUUGAAUCUCUUGCCAUUCAUUAGUGUUAUUUCAUCGUAAACAUUAUUACUGUGCCAAAUGUACUGUAUUCAAAAGGAUGUGAAUGUGUAUUGUUUCGGAACCUAAUAAAUACAAUGAUGUUAAAUCUUA